GUGGCAACCAGAGCAUCUGUCAGUGAAUAUCUAGUUUUUAGCAAUACCCCUGCGCCCCAAAAUUUCAGAAUGUCCACCCCAACCACUAUGCGGGCAAUCGUGCAAACCGACGCAGACUCCACGACCCUCACCCUAAGAACCUCGCCACUACCAACCAUCGACUCCUCAAAGGGCGAGCAUCUCAUCAAAGUCAGAGCUUGCGCGCCAUGCGCCGGAGAGCUCCUCUGGCCUAAGAACUUCCCUCCGCCCAAUCCCCGCGAACUGAUCCCCUGCCCGGACGUAGCGGGAACAGUCGUGUCCGGACCCGACGACUCGCCCUUUCAGCCCGGAGAUGAGAUAUACGCCCGUACCAACUAUCUCCGCCCGGGAAACGCGCGGGAUUACAGCGUCUGCGUCACCGGCGAGAUGGCGCAUCUCCCUCGAGGCUUGAGCGCCGUGGCUGCCGCGGCGAUUCCGGUGUCGGCGGAAACGGCGUGGCAGAUCCUGCUCAUCCAUGCGGGGGUCGCCGGCGACGCGGAGGUGGAGUUCGCUACGGCGCAGAAAGCGUGGAAGGGCAAGAGGGUGCUGGUGACGGCUGCGUCGGGGGGUGUGGGAAUCUGGGUAACGCAGCUGGCGACCCUGCUCGGCGCGCACGUGGUAGGGACCUGUGGUACGACGAAUGUGGAGCUCGUGCGGUCGUUUGGCGCUGCGGAGGUGCUGGAUUAUCGCCGGGUUGACUUGCGUGAGUGGGCGGAGCAAAAUCCUGAGAAGAAGGUCGACGUGGUGAUUGAUUGUAUCGGGCGGAAGUCGCUUCAGGAUGCGUGGUGGACGGUUCGGGAUGGGGGCGUCGUUCUUAGUAUCUUCCAGCCGCCGGAACAGGUGAAACCUGAAGGACUUGAUGCAUCCGGCAUCCGCGGUGUGUUUUUCGUGAUGGAACCUGUGCGAAGACACCUGGAGGAGAUCACUAAGCUUGCCGAGCUUGGUAAGUGUCGUGGCUUGGUGGACAGUGUCUGGCCAUUGGAGCAGUAUCAGGAGGCAUUCGCAAGAUUGAACGGGGGUCAUGCUAGAGGGAAGAUCAUUUUUGACCUCUCCCUCAAUCAGUGAAAGGAAACGAGGCAAGGGAUGAUUGAUGAUUGCUAUUUUUCAUGUACUUUUUAUGACUGUUGAUGAUCACCACAUUAGCUAAAUUAGUCGUUUUGUCCUUCUUUAUCCUUCUCAUGAGGAGGAAUAGCGUCCGGAGCAAAGAAUAG